AUGUACGGUGGCCCGCCGUCCGCCUACGGCAACCCAUCUCCUCGGCAGCACCGGUCCAGUACGGUGUCCAACGCAACAACAUCGUCGAACAAGAGCAAGGGCUCUGUCCAUCCUUUCGCCGUGAACCGUGCUCCGUCACCCCUCCUCUCCGUCCCGGAACAGCUUGCGCCCCCGGGCCAAACCGUGACUCUCACCCGCUCCCUCCCAUCUCUCUACGACGACUUCAAGGCGCAUACCACCCCUGCGCCCGCCCAUCAAGUUGCCCUUGUGAGCACGGAAGAUGAGCAAGACGACGCCAUCUGCCCGCUCUGUACCGAGAGCUUGAGCUUUUCCUACCGUUUGCCGGGGGAGAAGCCCCACAUCAUCCCGGAAUGCGGACAUGCGCUGCACAAUGACUGCUUUGUCGAGUGCUACGGCCGAGUCCCACCCGAGGGGUCACGCCCCACUCUAGGCGUCUGCGGAAUGUGUCGCCAACCUAUGGUCGUAUCCAGCCGAGGCCAAGAGCACGGGUCCGGCAAGAACAAACUCGCUGCGCUGAUGGGCGGCGACGAAGGUCCGUCCAUGGGAGUCACGGCGCAGGACACGAGAGGCGGCGAUGAUGCGCUCGAGGCUAAAGAAGAGCGGGCCGCCAACGACACGCAAGUCAUUGUGCCAAGCAUCACGAUCAAGUCCGAGUACCCGUCGGUGCGACGGAACGCCAAGGGCAAGCUGAUGCUCACGGCGAUGCUCACGAUCGAUGUGCCGAGCGGACUUAACCGGACUCUAUACGCCCCGCGAUCUCGUCGCGAAGCCUCAAACGGUGGCGAACUGUCACCGCCACUGCCCCCUUCUCCGCAGUCGGCUACAUCCUUCCGCGAGUCGAUGCUGGUCAUGGCCAACGGCGGUGGUCCCAGCCACUUUGCCAACAUUGAGCUCGAGCUGCGAGACCGUGUGGAGGACUACGCUACGUCAGGCAUCGGCUCACUUGGCCACCUCAAGUUGUACGACAUCCUCAAGGUCCGCAAGCGCGACGUCAGCGGCGAGCUGCAGCUCUACUUGUUUGACUACGGCCUGGUGUGCAUUAGCGAAGAGCGCCGCUCUUCAACACUGCGGCACCUGUUUGGCAACCAUCGUCACCAGGUGGAACGAAAGAAGGGGCCGAAGACAUACCUCAAGGUCCGCGGACGGGUGCACUUGCACCACAUCCUGGCAGUUCAAGACACCUCCUCGAACAGCGAGCACGUCCUCACCCUCGACGUCGAGACGGAAGACGACGGGCACCACCUUUUCCACAUCUACUUCCGGGACAGCGGAUCACUCGAAAUGUGGCACAAGACGCUUGUGCGCCUGCACCAGGAAGCGAUGGCCCACACCCAGUCUAAAGCCUCCAAGCUCACCGGUGUGGUGCACAUGGGCAACCGUCCUGGCCGCGCUCUCCCUCUCACCCCCACCAUGGCGCCAUCGUUCACCGACUUCACCGACUCGUGCUUGGCGACCUGUGGGGCGCAGUGCCCCGGCAACCUAGCGUUCCAAAUCCCCCUCGCGCCAGUCCACACCCCCAUCGACCUGGUCAUUGCAGUCUCCACGGUCCCCCUGGCGCAAGGCGCGCGCGUCGGGCGCAAGCAACUCACACUGCGGAACGCGUUGCAGUGCGCACUUGCGUGCAUGGGCCCGCGCGACCGCAUCGCGCUCGUCUGCACUGAGCUGGGCGCGAACAGCGUCAUGCGACGAACGCCGCUGCUGAACCCAACGCACCACGACUCGCGUCUGCGCUUGGAGACCUUUAUCGACAUGCUCUGCCUCGGCGAGAUUGAGAAUGACGAGUUUGCUGUGCCUCCACGAGGCGAGGAGCGCGCUGAUGUUGCGACUGCUGUCAACCUGGCCUUGGAUGUAGUCCUCAGCCGCAAGGCCAAGAAUCCGCUUACGGGCGUGUUGCUCGUCAGCGAUUUGCCCGAGCCAACAAGUCGGGCCCACAUGAGCAUGGUCAACGCGCGUCUCGAGGCAGCGAGAAUCCAGAUCCACACCUUUGGGUUUGGCAAGGCGCACGAGCCAUCGCCAUUGUGGGCGAUGACGAACCAGACAAGCGGGACGUACACCUUUGUGCGCGAGUGGCACGAUCUGCGCGACGCCGUGGUCGGCUGCGUUGGCGGCCUUAUGUCGGUCGCCGUGACGAACAUGAAGCUGCGGUUGAGUUGCCAGGACGAGCAGUUCCGCGUUCAGAAGGUGACUGGGGCGACGUCUGCGAUCGUGCAUUCGUCCGGCAAGACGGUGGAUGUCGAAAUGGGCGUGCUGCGCCACUCGGAGCGGCGCGAGAUCCUGAUCGAAUUCGAAGCGAACGAGUCCGACGACCCGCCGUCGCCCGAAACGGAGCGGCGGCUGAGCGAACACCCCACCAUGGUCAGUGGCGGGGCGAGUGUGCGGUCGCGCCCGAGCAUGCGCGGCCCCGUCGGUUUCGGCAUGGACAUGAUGCACCCCGAAGACGGGAUGGUGGAGGAAGUGCCGGUGCUCGAGGUAGACUGCUCGUUCCACGACCCGGCGGUGGGGCGCUCCGUCGCGCGUCUCACUAACCCCGUGCUUCUGACGGUGGCUGUGCUCCCGGUCGCGACGCAGACGACGGCGAUGGCGGACGCGGCGAUCGUCCGCCGCCGCAUGGAGCUCAUCUCGAGCGACAUGAUCACGCGCGGCGUUAUGGCGGCCACGCGCAAGAACUGGGUGCAGGCCCUGUCGAUGCUGCGUGGCACCAAGAACACGGUCGAGGCGCUGUGCGACCAGCAGCGCCAGCAGCUCGCGAUGCUGCAGGCCGCACGGCGCGACACGGGACCACGCACACGCCGUGAGCUCAAUGUCAUCUACGCUGUCGAGGGCCUUGCGGCGACGGCGCAGGACGUGGAGGCCUUCGUGGACGGCCUCGAGGAGAGUCGGGAGAUGUUCGAGGCCGACCACCGCAAUUAUGCCGCGCAGCAGGCCGUCAUCCUCCGCACGCAGAUCAGCUGGACGAUGCGCACCCCCACAGAGCUCCACUACGCUACGCCGUGCGUGCAGCAGCUCAUCCAGGCGGGGCGCGAGUGGAAGGCGCGCCAGGGCACCAGUUAG